UGAACGCCGGGGCGCCACGGCAAACACCUACACUAGCUGCGCGUCGCGCGUGGUCUCGCCUGGCUCGAUAGCUCUGCGCUGCUCCAGAAUCAUCUCCGGCCUCUCUGCACUCCACAGCCAUGGCGGGAACUUCUCUGCAUCACUCCACGGAUCCGUGCACAAACGGCGAGCACAGCGGGCACGACCACCCUGCCAUGCCCUCGUCGGACAUUGGAACACGCGGUGCGGACGACGGCAUCCCCGUCGUCGAUUUCGACGUCCUCAUCAACGGCGCGGCCGAUCAACGGGCGCAGGCGAUCCGGGACCUCGGCCGGGCGUGCAAGGACUGGGGCUUCUUCAUGGUGAUCAACCAUGGGGUUCCUGAGGAGCUCAAAGAUGCAAUGAUGGAGACAUGCAAGGAGCUGUUCAGUUUACCGGAAGAGGAGAAGGUGGAGCAUUUGGAGGCCGGGCCGAUGGAUCCUAUACGAAUUGGGACGGGCUUCUUCUCCGUUGUCGACGGCGUCAGGUACUGGAGGGACUACCUGAAAUUGUUCGCGCACCCUGAGCUCCACUGCCCUGCAAAACCAGCAAAACUAAGGGACGUUGCUGCCGAGUACUCGGCGAGGACGAGAGACCUGCUGCUGUCACUCGUGAAGGCGAUCUCCGAGAGCUUGGGCCUCGGCGGCGGCCGCAUUUCGGAGGCCAUGGAUCUCGACUCCUGCUUCCAGAUCCUCGUCGUGAACCGCUACCCGCCGUACACCGGCCCGGACAGUGUGGGCAUGGGGCUGCCCGCGCACUCCGACCACGGCCUGCUCACCCUGCUCUUCCAGAACGGCGUCGACGGGCUCCAGGUCGAGCACGACGGGCAGUGGCUCCUCGCCAAGCCCCUCCCCGGCGCGUUCUUCGUCAUCGCCGGCGACCAGCUGGAGAUCGUGAGCAACGGGAGAUACAAGGGCGUGCUCCACCGCGCGGUGGUCGGCGGCGAGCGCGCGAGGAUGUCCAUGGUGAGCAUGAUCUCGCCGUGCCUGGACACCGUGGUCGAGCCUGUCCCGGAGCUGGCACCCGACGGCCAGGGCCUCGAGUUCCGAGGCGUCAGGUACAGAGACUACAUGGAGCAUCAGCAGAGCAACAAGCUCGACGGGAAAGCGGCGCUGGACAUCGCCCGGGUGCAGCGCGUGAUCUGACGUCGCAGGGCCUGAGAACUGAGAUUGAACAGCUCAGCUAAAGCCUGAGACUGCUUCUGCAGAUUUUUAUGCCAUGUUCCAUGUUCCACAAAUUUCAGGAAAUUUUAAAUUAGCCUGAGCAGCUAAUGCAGUUGUAUCGACAAUUGGACAGAGGACUGAAGAUCAUAAAGGUUGGCGUACGAGAUGAUAGUAGCAGCAGCUUGAUUAGUGAGGAGGACCACUCAUAGCGAAAUAGAGUUCGAGCAUCGGCAUCAGCGUUAUGAGAUUGUUGAUCUCUCAGGAUGAAACUGGGUCGUAUCUUAUAUGAUGGGCCGUCCUACUUGAGAGAUCAACAAACGGGCCUUCCCCUCUAAUUGUCCAUAAUAGACAAUUUCGGCCUGCUUCAG